AUGACUUUCGCUAUCGAGAACGCUUUCGCUCUUGCAAUCUUGGGAGAGCAUAGCCCAGACACCUCGACCACUAAAGACCUCAUCUACAAGACAGACUUGGCAUUCUGGAGGGUUAGCUCUCGUAUCCUCGAGGGUAAUACGAGCCUUCCCAGCGAUGAAGCUGACAUCUUCGAGGGAAUCUUCGCCUUUUCUAUCCUCGGCGAACGGGUCAAUUCCGGCGUCGAUACCAACACUCUGGUUGCCUCGGCCACACAAGUCUAUCUCAGCAUCCGCGGACGCCUGAUCCCCGGCGAGUGCGUCCUUCCAUCUCCCCAAAGCACCAUGACCACCAGUAGACCCGAUCCAUCCGUUAUUGUUUUGUUCAGUCUCACAACUGCGUUUCCUGCUGCCGAAUCGGACGUCGGCGGGUACCCUGACAACAUCAUCGACGGUGAAACGAUGUCAUAUGAGUUUGAGUAUAGUCUUAAGCUCGCCAUUGAGAAUGAGCAGGCUUCGGGCGCAAGCCAAGAGGCUGUUCUAAGCAGUGGAGCUAAUGCUCUGUCCAGCAUCCGCCGGCGCUUUGAUGAUAGCAACUUCGAGAUCCCGCGCGCGACCAGACUGCUAGAGCGCCUUUUCAUUCUUGCUAUAUUGAGAGAGCAGGCUGCGGACAACAUCGAAAUUCCGCCGCUCAUCACCCGAGUAACCAGUUCUUGGGAACGCAUUGCCGCUCGACUUGGACGGAACAAGACGCCGUUUCCCAGCAACGGUACCAGGAACAGCAAUGAGAACGCCGAUAGCAACCAUAGUAUUUCUACCGGAUCUGGUGCAGUCGUCGCUCAGGCUGUUGCAGUGUCAGCUCCUCCUGUCAUGCCAGCAGGUGCUGUAAAGGCCGCGGCGCCUCCUAGAAGACGGUACGACGGGAAGCGCGGUAAGGACCGAUAUGGGUGUGAGCUCUGUGACCAGCCCCCGCACUAUACUUCCAAGUGUUCGCUUGACCGGCACAAAAAGAAGCACCAUGGGAUUCCGACCCCGGGCGAACUCCGUCAGGAGAGAAAGCUGGCCGCAGAGGCGGCUUUGGGAGCUCAGGUCGAUGGAGACCAGGCCGAUAGAGACCAGACCGCUGGAGAUCAGCAGGUGAAAGAUGAGGCCAUUGAAAAGGAGACUGGAGAUGAGAUGGACUUGGAGAAGCAAUCUCUCUCAAUCGAAGUAUUCCCAACAGUCAAAGCCAUAUCAAUAUCCCAGGCCUACAAAGCAAGAACAAUUGCCGAAGAAGCCCGCCUCCCUUCCGCCGGAUCCUCGCCUAUGUCCUUGUCCGACGAUGAGACCGAGGGAACAAUGGCAGCUUUGAGAGCUGUCUCCGAUAUGGGCGCAGCUUCGACCCUUCCCAUGGAUAUUGACAGCCAACAACCUCAUGCCCCGCGCCGAACCAUCUCCUGCCGUCACUUCUACUUCUCCGCGCCACAGGAGCAGCAUGAAGUAGGGCACCGCAAGCAGCUGCAAGACACUACCAAGGAAGUCGCGUCCUACAUCGUCAACAAUAUCGCUCCCGAGAAGCGCACCGAUGCCGUUAAGACUGUCGCCCGAGCCCUUGCAUUCCGCCGUCUCAAGGAGCAAGCUCACCGGAAGAACCAGCGUGAGAAAGAUAAGGAGGCGGAGGAGAACGACCAGAUGACGAUCUCCAAGACAGCCUUCAAACUUCACAUGGCACGAAUUCAGGCGGCGCAGCAACUCUCCGCUAGCUGGAUGAAGGAUACGGUGGACUCGCUGGACAGAGAGUCCAUUCAGGCCCGCAUCAUCGACAUGAGCUUGGAGGAGAUUCACGAUACGGCGGCGGCGUUUGAGAGGAGCAAAGAUCCGGCUUUUUAG